AUGAAUAUGUGGAGCAAGCCAACAAUGAUUGGGACAAAGAAUUCAAUAUCGGCUGCUGUGUCAUUUGCCAGUAAGACGGACUACAGACACGACGUCAGGCGUCCGACGGAGCUGAAUUGGAACAAGUCCAACUCCUAUAAGGAACUGCAAGAUCAAUGGUGCCUGGACUACAUGCAGAGGUCAAGGGAUUGCAGAGGGAGUGGUGUUGGUUGCUUUGUGCUUGCUGGAGUGCUUCGUGGUUGUGAGCCCCCUACCCGUGGUUGUGAGCCCCUACCCAUGAUUGUGAGCCCCUACCGCAGUGCAUUCUCGUUGCACAAGAUCAACUGCACAAGUACAUAAUUAAUUCACUUCAUGUGAUUAUAUUGGAUCGAUUUAAAUUAAUUAAUUAUCGAUAAUAUUUACCCUUUCAGAUACGCACUACGCAUUGAAGCGUUGUUUCCUGAAUACCCAAGUGGGGAUGGCUUGAACAGACUUUGUGUUGUCAGCACUGGAAGUUGGCUAGAUCGAGACAGGGAUGUCAUUGUAGAUGACCAGUCAUUGUCUGCCUUGCUCUGGGGAAACAUCGGAGCGAAGUCAGGCAGGCAGGCACGAUGACUUACUGGGAACUCGCCAGAGAUGUCGGUUGAGGAUUCGACAUGCAGGAGGUAAGGUCUAAAAUUUUACUAAUUGUCUACGAAAUCUGUCAGAAAUGUUGUAAGAAACAAUUAAUUAAACCUGUCUUUCAGGUUUGUCAAGAAUUCGCUUGUCAUCAACAUUUCCCAGAGCAGACAAUAUGGCUGGAAGCCAGGAUGACGCGCCUCCAGCAAGAG